AUGGACAUAGACGUGGCCUUAUCGGAUAACACAGCUUUGUUCAAAGCUCGCCUAAAAAUGUUGAAGAUGAAAGGAGCUCUGAAGAAAACGCUGGACGAAGAAACGAAAGUUCCUAAUUCAGACAAUUUCAAACUUUAUGCAGCUCAUUCACGUCAAAUUGCUCAACAUAUCCGGGAGCUAAGGGAUUUGGUAUUGGAGAAAAGGAAGAGCUAUUUGUUGAGCACGGUAAAUGUAUAUGGGCAUGACAAUUUCAUGUCGGACUCGGAUCGAAAACAGUGCGAUGAUGAUACUGGUAAGUUGAUUUUUAGUGUUUUUGGUGUUUAGGUCAGCUGAUUUCGUUGUGGAAGAAUUAAAAGUGGAAAAGGAGCUCCUUAAGGAGUACAUUGAGGAUGACAUUUAAAGCGUAAUGUUUUUGUAAAGAUAGAUAUUAAAACUUCAAAAACAUAAAAUAAUAUAAAUUUUCAGAAACCGCGAUGAAGCAAUGUUCCCGAUUGAUCAGAAACCUCGAAGUUCAAGUAGAAUCAGACGAAACCCUCCGUCGCGAAGACGAAUAUCUCCAUCUUAAAGCAGUGGCUUUUAUGUUAAGCCUAUACCUCGAGAACGUUUGUCGAAUCGUUUCCGACCUAAGGGCGUCGCAAUUAAAGAAAACCCAACAUUUGGGGAAGAUAUGCAGAUUGGGCAAUUUGGUGGACAAAUUUGGACCUCAAAUUGAGAGAAUGAGAAGAGAAAAUGAGAGAAAACGAAAAGAAUUGCAAUUGAAAAAGGACGAAUUGGACCAGAAAUUGGCUUUGAAGGAACAAAAUGGUGUUAGGACUGGUGGAAGUAGUGUACCUGGUUUUGGUAAUGAAAAUAAUGGCAUUAAGAGUGAAGGUAGUGGAAAGGUUAAGACAGAAUUUGACUGCACAGUUAAGAAUGACAACAGUAGCAAGAAUGGAAGAAGUAGUACUAUGAAUUCCGAAAAUGGCACAACAGUGAAGCAAGAAGCAACUGACGACGAUUUUAUUGAUGCCAAACAAGAAUUCUCAAAACAAGAUGAUAAUUCGUUUGGAAUUCGUCAAAGAAAACAGAAUCAAAUGGAUUUCGAAGAAGAAGAUAAAGAAAAUUAUGAUACAAAGGUAGACCCGGUGUUUUUGGCUCAACUGACAGUAGAAAAUGACAGAAUAUAUGACAAAUUCACUCAGCGAACUAAUGAAAUUGAAAUGAUCGAAUCCCAAUUUGCGGAAGUCCAGAAGUUACAGAGAACUUUUGCUGAAAAGGUAUGAGUAUUAUAGUAAGCACCAGAAAAAAAUUUAAAUUUUAAAAUAUAAAAUUUUUUUUGGUAAAGAAAACUGUGGCUAUUUACCCUUAAAAUACGUUGCUUCAGGUAGUGGAACAAGAACGUGACAUUGAAAUCAUUCACGACAAGACUAUUCACACUUUGGAGAACUUGGAGCAGGCAAAUGAUUUCAUUCGGGAAGCCAUCAAAAACUCGGCUAGCCGACGAGUAAUCGCCUUGUUUUGUCUGAUCGUGCUGACUUUAGUUUUGUUGUUCGUGGACUGGUACAAUGCUUAG